UGUAAAAUGAAAUUCACUUUUUAAAAUUUCAUAGGGACUUUUAUUUUGGACGCCACUGUCUGAAAGUACAGUCCCCCGUGCAGGAUGAGGCGUUAAUGUGUUUUGUUUAUCUGUGUGUGUGUGUGUCAGUGUUCAACAUGCCUGUUAACCAGUCUCCUUCAAACUCUGUGUGACCGGUGGGACUCUCAAAACAGAUGCCGACGACCAUUGCUCCCAUUACACAUCUUGUCUCUAAUCCCGUGUUGUCAUGUGUUAUUUCUCCCUCUGUCUGCUCCCCCUCCAUCCAGCCCAGUCCUCGGUGUAGUCCUGCUGAGGGGCAUUUGUUUCUAGUGGUGGGUGGCGAGCCUCUGUCCAGCAGCCAUGUCGGGCUUCAAUCUGCUGCAUCUAAUAACCAAGAGUCAGCCUGUAACUCUGAGGCCCUGCAGUCUUCCCUCAGGAGCAUGUAGAACCAAGAAGACAUGGCCGGCAAGUUUCUCUCAGGAGGAGCUGAAGAAACGUCUCACUCCCAAGCAGUUCCAUGUAACCCAGGAAAGAGGAACUGAGAGUGCGUUCACUGGUGAAUUCACAGAUCAUAAAGAUGAUGGCACCUACACGUGUGUUGUCUGUGGAAACCAGCUGUUCAGCUCCAAGACUAAAUUUGACUCCAGAUCAGGUUGGCCAUCCUUCUUUGACCUGGUGAAGGAGGAGUCUGUGACUGUGACCGAUGAUUUCUCCUAUGGGAUGCACAGAGUGGAGACCACCUGCAACCAGUGUGGCGCUCAUCUGGGACACCUGUUUGAUGAUGGACCAAGACCCACAGGGAAGCGCUACUGCAUAAACUCAGCCUCACUGGCCUUCCAGCCCAGAGACACGGCCUCCUCCACCUCCAGCUCCAGCCCCGCGGCCGAGGGUGGAGCUGCCAGCAGCUCAGCGAGCGAUGGGAAGACGGAGCUCUGAAGGACACGCCGGCCUUCUGACUGUGUGUAGGAGUCCAAAAGUUAUCGUAGCAUUGAAAUACUUCAAAGUACAGACAGAGUGAGGUGAUUGUGUGGCAGAGACAAGAAAAGGCCUCUAGUUCAAGACACAGACCAAAUGCACCAAAUAAUCUGUCACAUGGGAAAGUGCAUGUUUCCUAAACAGCCAUAAAACUGCAACUCAUGCCCACACUGCAUUGAUUGGUUGCCUUAAAAUAAUCAUUUGGUAUUUGUCAACUUGGGUGUUGCACUCAGAUUUUUCUCUGUUGUCGUCAUGAGGGGAGCAGGUUGUGUUACUGCCACAGGACCUUCAGCUGUGGUUCAGUGACGACUUCCUGUGUUUCCAUUCAGUAUGAGCUUCUGCUUCCUGCCCCAUGUAACAGUGUCCGGACUGAAUUAUGCAUUUCCCCCAGAAAAACAUCUAUGUUGACAAAUAACAAAAUUCCUCCCUUUAAAUAACCAGGUUUGGGUUUUAGCAUCUGCUCUGCCAGUUUAUAUAUGGAUGAAGUGCUGUGUUCUAGACACACAAACACACAUGUGUAUACAUAAUAAAUAUAUAUUACUAUAUUAAAGCGUUGUUUGAUACUGAGAGGUUAAUUUAACGAUAUCACCUAUGCAAGUGCUAGCGUCAGCAUUGACCGAAGGAAUCUUAUUGUGGAAAAUAAUGUAGUGCGGCCUCCAGGUCACUUCCUGUAUUUGUUCCUUCUUUAGUCCUUUGCUUUAGGAAAUAUUUUCAGCUUGUAUUAAAACAGUUAUUGGAUGAAUAAAAUAUCUUGAAUCAC